GCAAAGAAGUUUACAUCGUAAAUAGAAUGUCGUACUGAACUCUCCCUCUCCUCCAAAAAUGCGGCCACGCCUCCUCUCUGCUGCCUGCACGGCCACUGCGGCAUUGAAGAUACCCGAAAGGCUCUACGGCACGCCCGGUAGAAUAAAAGUGCACGUGAAGAAACGAGACGGCACCCACUGCGACGUCGACGUUCCUGUUGGCAUCUCCUUAAUGCAGGCGCUGCGCGACGUCGCCAAGCUCGAGGUGGCUGGAACGUGUGACGGGGAAAUGGAGUGCUGCACCUACCACGUCUACCUCUUGGCCUCCUCGUUUGCGAAGGCUGGUGAGCCGUCGGAGGCGGAGCAGGACCUGCUGGACAAGGCGCCGGACGUGCGAGAAACAUCGCGCCUUUCAUGCUGUGUGGACCUUGCGUCCGAUCUCGACGGAAUAGAAGUGGAGCUGCCGGGCAACGUAACGGACAUGUCUUGCGGCUCGGCGGACAGAAGGCCGGCGUAG